UACCCAUAUUUACUAAAGUUCGUAGACGUAGACGUAGACGUAGAAGUUACGAAUGACGUAAGAUUGAAGUUACGAAUACGUAAAAUGGUAUUUACUAAGCUACUCUUAGACGUAGACGUAGGUUACGAAUUCUUAGGUGUACGAUUUAUUCGUACGCAUGCGCAAUAAUUAGUUUCACUUCAUAGAAGUGCGCGAAUUUUUUUGUUUAUCGUCUGCCGGUUUAAAACUAAAGAAAGAUGGACGCGAAGAAGCAGAGAAAGGCAAAUUUUAGCGAUGUGGAGGUGGAAGUAUUAGUGGACGCGGUGGGAACUAGCUACAAGGUUUUGUAUGGCAAGUUCUCACCGUGUCUGACUAACAACAUGAAGACAAUGACAUGGGAGUCGGUGACAGAGAAAGUAAACGCCGUAAGUCUGCAGUGCACAAGAGGGGUAAUGGAAGUAAAAAAAAAGUGGCAAGACAUGCAGUCUGCCGUCAAGAAGAAGGAAGCUCAACGGAGGAAAAACUUGACGCAAACUGGAGGAGGGCCUUCACAGCUCCCCAUGUUGAAGCCUUGGGAGGAGAAAAUAUUGCAGUUGAUUCCUCAGUCAGCCAUAUCUGGAAUUGAGGAUGGGGUGGACACCAGUGAAGUCAGGUCUUCCCUUCAGAUGUCCCAAAAACCAAAUUGCCUUGAGAUACAGCCAUUUAUUGUCACUGAGGUUCCAGCUGAAGAACUUAAAAUCUAGACACUAAUAGUGAUGUGCCAGUUGUCUCUCAAUCUGAAGAAGAAUCUUCUUUGUCAGAACCGUCUACUUCUAAAGGAAAACGGAAAGCUCAAACAUUUAAUGAGUACAGCUACGGAUCUCGGCGCCUCAUUGAAAUUGAGGAGGAGAAGCUUUCAAUCAAAAAGCAGAGACUGGAAAUUGAAAAAGAGAGGCUCGAGAUGA